UAUAUAUAUAUAAUAAUAAAAAGAACUGUCUAUAUAUAAUAAUAAAGAAAGAUGUUUUACCUAUCGCCCUUCAAUGUAUUUGCACACAUACAGAUGAGAGUAGAAUUUUAACGGAAAAAUCUUGUUUUUUACAUAAGUUUAUUACAAUGGAAAGUUAACAGAGUUUUCUAUGCAGGAAGUAUUCAUUUCUAUAUUUUAUGUAUAGAAAUUAUUAUGCACACAAUUCAAAUUAAAGAUAAAUAAUGGCUUCGCCGCGAAGAUUAAUGCCUACGUUGAAACAUCUGUCACCCCGGCCAUUCGAAAGUGUAUCAAAUAUUAGUAGAACAUCAAGUCCAAAAACUCCCAAUUUCCUAAAAGUUGUGAAGAACGAAGAGCCGUCGUCGCCGUUCAAUCUUGACACCCCUAAUAGAAUCAGAUUAUUAAGGGAUGGUUUACCGAAGAAACAUCGUCCUGUGUUAGGUACAGGUGCUUUCGGCACCGUGUACAAGGCGUUUUAUAAAGGGAGUCAAGUAGCAGCCAAGAUAAUUGAAUGUAAACGAAACGACGACGAAAUAAUAAACUCGGAGAAGCACGCAGCUGCUCUGCGACAUGCUAAUAUCGUGAAGAUAUUGAAGGUAGAACAAGGCAACAGCUUAUCGAUGAUAACGAUGGAAUUGUGCGGCACGUCGUUGCAAGACAGACUGCAAGAAUCGGUUCUCGAGAAGGAAAAGCGCGUUUCCAUCUGGCGAGACGUCGCCCAGGCACUCCAAUUUUGUCACAUUUCCUCGGUGAUACACGCAGACGUCAGCGCGACUAAUAUCCUGAUGACUGCCGAAGAUCGGGCCAAGCUUACGGAUUUCGGUAGCUCUAUCCUGAUCGGCGAACCGCACGUUUCGAUUAAGUUACGGGGUACACCAGGUUACAUGGCACCAGAAAUGCUCAGAGGAGAUGAACCUACAUUUGCCGCUGAUGUUUACUCGCUAGGAAUCGUGGCUUGGCAAAUGCUAUCUCGAGAAGUACCCUUCCAUGGAUUGCACACCCACACUAUUAUAUAUAUCUCUGUAAAAGGCACGCGUCCUAAAUGCGAAACCCUCGACGAUGAGUUUAGUGGAAGAUACAAGGAACUGUUCAAAGCAGCAUGGUCGCAGGAUAUUGCUGAUAGACCAACGCUAAAUGAAAUAAUCAGUAAACUCGAUCUCUUAUAAUCAAUUGUUAAUAUUUAUUUACCUAUGGAAACAAACUUAAGCAUACAAAAGAUUUAUUUGUGAUACAUAGCUUAAAAAAAUUACCAUUUGUAUCCUAAUAUAAAUAUAUUAAAAUAGGAAUAAAUCCUGAGAGAAUGAUAGCUUGGUACGAUGUGUUGAAAGUCAAUUUUACGUAUCUGGCAUUUCACCACCAGGUACCAACUGAAAUAAAAGAAAUAAAUAAAUUAUAAAAAUC